UUGAACAUUCGAGAUCCAUCUGUUUCAGCAGUGCGAAUUGUCUAUAUCUAAGAUAUUUCAAACUUACGUUAUAACUUAUUUUCAACAACAUUAAAUAUUAAUUAUUUAAUAUCGAGAAGGAUGGCUUGGUGCUUCAGUGAAGAAGAUUCUUUCCUGCGAGUGUUUGAUCUUGGGUCCAAGGAGAAAUCCAUGAUAGUAACAGGUUUAAAGAAGGGACCGGCCAAACAUUUGCUUACGUCAAAUGCUGAGGCAAGAGCUAAACUAAGGACUAUGGCUGCCGUGGCUGACCUCGAUGAGGUAAUGUGGGCACGAAUAGAGGCACUUGCCAGCCAGUGGACAGACGUGAAGCCGAUGAAGCAGACUGCCUUCACACACUUCGUUACCUUGGAUGACAACAAUAAGGGGAGGUUGCUGACGGUAUGGGAGGAAUUAGGAGUCAAAAGUUAUCAGAAAGAGCUGAACAGACUCACGGCAAGAAAGAUGAAAGCUGCAGUAACACCAAACACACAAGAUGAGAAAACGGGCAAUACUGACAAUGAGAAUGAUGAUUGCAAUACAGCUACAAAUGGUUCAGAUGAACGUACGCACAGCUUAACUCAAGAGGAGUUUGACAGAUUGAAGGAAGAGAACAAGAAUAAAGAUAUCAUGGUGAGAAAGUUGCAAGAAGAAAAUCAGCAAUUAAAGAUUGACAAUAAGGAUCACCUUAAAACAAUAGAAAAACUAAGAGAUGAAGUAAAAAAGGUAUGUAAAACGUUGUUAAUCUUUUGAUGAUAAGCAUUUUGUUUCCACAUUAUUUU